ACUCAGUGGAAUCUAUAGAUAUUGAGAAACCGUAAGUUUUGUGGAUUCUCCACGAUCGGUCGAUUAAUGUUUCUCUAGAAUGUUAUGUCCAUGCUUUAUGUACUCUGGAUCAUCAAAAAUUCCAGCAUUCAGAAUCAUGAUUAAAUAUACAUAUUGAAAUUUGAAGGGCUCUCUCGGUUACGUUUUUUUCUUCUAUGUACACUUGUCAGAUGUCUCUAAAAGAGCAGUUAGAUAACUUCAAGAAGCAGCAAGUCAAAUGCCAAACUACUCUUUCAAACAUUGCUUCUUCAAGAGCUGGUCCUUCUUCUUUGAGUCGGCCCGUUCCUGCCGCGGCUAUAAGUCACAACAAACCUAGUGCUCCAGUCAAGUUUUCUAGCGAUACAGAGCGACUUCAGCUCAUUAACAACGUCAGAAAAGCUCCUGUUGGUGCUCAAAUCAAGCGUGUCAUUAGUCUUCUCUUUGAGACAAGGCAAGCCUUUACGCCAGAGCAAAUAAAUGAAAGGUGUUACGUUGACAUGCACGCCAAUAAGGCUGUUUUUGAUAGUAUGAGAAAAAACCCGAAAGCUCAUUACGACGGGAGAAGGUUCUCUUACAAGGCUGAGCACAAUGUCAAUGACAAGAGCGAGCUUCUUUCUUUAAUAAAUAAAUAUUACCCUGAUGGUAUUGCCGCAAAUGAUCUCAAAGACGCUUACCCUAACGUCAUGGAGGAUUUACAGGCACUGAAAGCUUCAGAAGACAUCUGGUUGCUAUCAAACUCACAAGAGGACAUUGCGUACCCAAAUGAUUUCAAGUGCGAGAUUACGGUUGACGACGACUUUAAAUCUCUGUUCCGCGACACAGAGGUACCCAGCGACUGCUUGGAAGUGGAGAAGGAGCUAAAGAAGUACGGUUUGAAGCCGGUGACAGACACUGCAGCGAGGAGAGCUGCUGAACAGAGGUACGGGAUACCAAUUAGUCAACCGAAGCAUAAGAAGAAGAGGAAACAAGAGAUCACCAAGAGAACAAAACUCACCAAUGCUCAUCUUCCCGAGCUUUUCCAGAGCCUUAACGCCAGCUCUUCCCGGAACUGAACCUCAUUAAUGGACGUAUGAUUGAUUAUGUGAUUAAAUAUUCAAAACUGGUCCCUGACUUUUUUAUUACUUCAGUGGACAAACAAACAAAUUGUAUAUGUUAUGAACGUAGAGUUUACAAUAGAGAAGCUA